GAUAUUUAUAUACGACAUCGAUACAUACAGUAAUGCUGUAACUAUUGGACAGUUGUUAUACGGGGUAAUUAUCACGUUCGUAGAAGCAUUAAGAAACUUGUGUGAAGUUUACGUCCCUUGUGAAGCUCCGGUUAUUACGGCGCAUGCGUAGCCGUAGCCAUAUUGGAAGAGGAAAAAGAAUACAGAAAGAGGUACAUUUGACAGACAAGGUCAAGAAACUACAUUCACAUGAUCAGAGACAGGCUCCUGUACCCUUUUAAAGACCUUGACCCUCGGUAGACAAGGCCAAGGUCAGAGUUGAGGGGGUCAUCAUGCCCCAUUCUAAGGCAGGAAGCCUCAAAGAUCCUGAUAUUGCAGGACUCUUCUUUUUCAACGAUGACCCGGAAAAAAUAUUUGUUGACCUACGAGAAAUCGGCCAUGGCAGUUUUGGUGCCGUUUACUUCGCCAGAAAUAUUGUCAACAAGGAAAUUGUGGCCAUCAAGAAGAUGUCUUACAAUGGGAAACAAGCCAACGAGAAAUGGCAGGAUAUCAUCAAAGAAGUGAAGUUCCUGCGACAGUUAAAACACAGACAUGUUAUAGACUACAAAGGGUGCUAUCUCCGUGAACACACAGCAUGGCUGGUGAUGGAGUAUUGUUUGGGCUCGGCCUCUGACAUAGUGGAAGUUCACAAGAAACCUUUGAAGGAGAUAGAGAUUGCUGCCAUCUGCCAUGAUGCUUUGGAGGGCCUAGCCUAUCUACAUACUCAGGGCAAGAUACACAGAGACAUCAAGGCGGGCAAUAUACUGCUGACUGAGAACGGCACCGUAAAACUAGCGGACUUUGGGUCAGCAUCCUUGAUAAGUCCAGCCAACUCAUUUGUGGGGACGCCUUACUGGAUGGCCCCGGAAGUGAUUCUAGCUAUGGAUGAGGGUCAGUACGACGGCAAGUCGGAUGUCUGGUCCAUGGGGAUCACGUGUAUAGAAUUGGCUGAGCGUAAGCCACCUUUAUUUAAUAUGAAUGCCAUGAGUGCUCUGUAUCACAUCGCCCAGAAUGACCCGCCCACUCUGGCGGGAGGGGAGUGGUCUGAUGACUUCCGCCACUUUGUCGACUCCUGCCUCGCCAAACUUCCCUGUGAUAGGCCAUCCUCCUCAGAGAUUUUAAAACAUCAUUUUCUGGAGGGAACUGGUCCCAGUAGUGUCAUUAUAGACCUAAUUCAGCGCACCAAGGACGCAGUCCGAGAGUUAGACAACCUUCAGUAUCGCCGCAUGAAGAAGAUUCUCAUGGUGGAUGUAAUCGAGGGCGAGAACAGUUCCAAUGGACCAACAUCUGAUGACUUUACGACGGACGAUUCUUCCCAGGUCAGUCCAUGUGACCCCUCUCUGGAUGAUGAUAAUAUAGACAGUAGUACCAGUAAGUCGAGCAGUAUGACAAGUCAACACUCGAUGCCAAGUAGUAACUUAAGUAGCAAGUCCAGUAGUCAGAGCAGCCUCCAGGGUAUCUCCACCGACGACAGCGCAUCGACCUUUCCUCGUGAACGCAGUCCACCUCCCACUCUUCAGUCCUACAUCCUACAGGACUGGUCCCUGCCUCAAAGGUCAAGUUGUUACAGCAAUGUUCACCCCAACAAGAUGUUUCAGUCUCCUCUGCUCUUUCUCAACCUGCCUUCGAACUCAAGCAUAAACAGAAUGGAAGCUGGUGCCAACAACUUUGCCACAAUCCGGACGACCCAUCUCGUGACGAAACAGAUGAAGGAACACGAGCAUGCUAAUGAUAUGAAGGAACAAUUUACAGGCUACAAGCGAAUGAGGAAAACCCAUCAGAAACAACUGCAACAGCACGAGACGAAGUUCCAAACAGAAAUGGAAGAGCAUAAACAGAAGCUGGAUAAGGAGUAUGAUAACUUGCGACAGAAAUUCCUUAUUGAAAUGGAGAAAAUUCGCAAAAUGCAAGCAGCUGACCAGGAGAAGAUGGCACGCAAUAACCAGGGACUGGAAAAGAAACUGGUAAAACAAAUAUCAACGUCACAUGACACAGAGAAGAAGACGUUUUCAACUAUGCAGAAAAAAGAAUACAAGGUCAAUAAGGAGCAGAUGAAGAAGGAGAUUGAUGGCAGCACACCAAAAAAGGAGAGGGAAGACUUGGUGAGAACUCACAAGGACCGCCUCCUUCAACGCCAGAGAGAGGCGGAGGUAGGUCUGGAAAAACGACACAAAGACUCCAUGGAAUUUGAAAUCCGCAAGUUCCGGCGGCGAAAACUUGUGCAAUAUCACCAAAAAGAGGAAGAACAUCUGACAGAGGAGCUGAGUAAACGACAGGCUCAGUUGGAGAUGGAGCAUGCCAUGCUGCUACGCCACCACAGCAGCACACAGGAUCUUGAGUACCGCCAACUCCAGACCUUACAGAAGCUACGUGAUGACCACCUCAAAAAACAGCACCAGACUGAGCGUGACAAUCAGAAGGAGUACAACGCACAUGAGGAACAGAACCUCCGCAAGAAACAUCUGCUGGAACAUAAACAGCAACCUCGCAGUCUUAAGCAAAAAGAGGUGUUGAUACGAAAGCAGUUUCAUGAAGCUGUACAGACGCAGCGCAGACAGUACAAGGCGCUUAAGGAACAUAUACUGCAAAAUACGCCCAAAAAUGAACAGAAAGCUGUCGUCAAGAAACUUAAGGAGGAACAGGUCCGCAAACUCAACAUCCUUGGAGAGCAGUAUGAGGCUAGUAUAGCAGAGAUGCUACAGCAGCAGAAUAUGCGACUGGACGACUCGCAGGAGACAGAGGCCCAACAACUCAAACAACGACUGCAACAGGAACUGGAGCUGCUCAUGGCCUACCAGAGCAAGAUAAAAAUGCAAACGGAGGCCCAGCAUCAGAGAGAGAGGCGACAGCUUGAGGAACGAGUCUCUCUCCGACGCGCACUUCUAGAACAAAAAAUGGAGGAUGAGAGGAACAAAUUAAUGGCAGAUAGAAAAGAAAAAAUUCAUAAUUUAAAAAAGCGACAGGAACGUGAUCUUGACGAGUUUGACCAUGAGACUGGAGAUAUGGGGAUGAGUGUCAUGGAGGUGGCCCAAGCUUCGUUAGACGCCACUUACAAUGAUGAUGUGUCGAGUUUACGUGGAAGCAUGAUCAGCCUCACUGCCAGUAGCAGUAGCUUCUCAUUCUCUUCACAGACAUAAGUAUAUACUCCCCAGGUGUGAUAGCCUCCUGGGGUUUAACUCCUGGGGUUUAACUCCUGGUGUGUGUAGACGUCCAGCUCCUAAGGUGUGACAACAUGGCCGAUUGAUUCGUCACUCUGCACCGCUAGAGAGUAGAUUGUCCCUUGGAUGUGACUUAUACUCUCAAAGUCUGUGGUGUAGGUAAUCUUCAUCGACCAUCCACUCCAUGGAUGUAAUCGGGACAUAUCGGCUCCUUGGAUGUGGUCGCCUGUACAGCUAAGACACUCUACUGCAGUGUCUGUGAAGGGAGUUUGGCAACUGGGAGUGAUGCACACGAUGGCCCCUAUUAGGGAUAUUUGGGGCUUAAGGGGUCAGUUUUGCCCCUGAUUUGAAUUUUUAGAGCCCCAUGAAUGGCCGUGUGUGGCCCCCUAGACUAUAUAGGGAACUUUGCAACCCAUUGGGAUCGUGUGACAGACAGCAUUGGAUGUGAUAAAUGGAUGUGAGGAUGUUAUUGAUAAAUCUAUAUAAAUAUUAACUCUCGGGGCGACCACAAGGCCAGUUACCUCCACACAGCUUGUGGACAUUCAAUUAUAUCAUGAUUUCGUAUUCACUAACCCAAUAUUAGCUUACUCCGACAUUUUACUACUAUUGUUUGCAAUUACAAGUCAAGUCACGUAACUGUGGCCAAGGGCUUGUUUACCAGUACAGAGAGAUUUGGAAUAUCCCCUGUUCUACGGUAAAGAGGGAAGGGAGGGGUAGGGGGGCAGAAACCCUGUUAUCAUCCGGUGUCCAUUUUCAUAUGUAUAUGCACACACAACAUACUGAACUUGUACUUAUCAGCAAUAUUAUUUACAAGGAAAAUCUUAAUCUGUCAGUUAUUCCGCUUUCAGUCACCCUUAUAGUAUCCUGUAGACCCUUCUGUUGAGUAUAAAGUUAACUAGGCCUCUGUUGAGAUUUGGGAGAAAGACACAAGAUAUUUGAACACACAUAACAAUUCUUUGUAAGCUAGAUGGAUAUCCCAAAUACAUUUGCUUUCAGUUUUUUUAUAGGGAUAAACUGAGGUUUUUUAUGUUUUAGUGUCAGUUUUACUGUUUAAUGGUGCUUGAUACUUGCUAUAAUACAUUUUCUGAGUGUGAGAAAAGAUUACUCAGUUGCACCAACAACAUAUUAAUGAUACUGCAAUACUGAUGGCUGAAAAAAAUCUUGAUGAUCAAAAGUAGAAUGCACUAGAUUCACUUGAGAAAUGUGUGAUUUUAUUUUUAAUCUCUGGUUUUAGAAAAUUAUAUUUCAAUUGCUAGCUAUAAAAUCUAGAUAUUUUGGUUUCCAGUUUAGAAAUGAAUUUAUGAUUUUAACUCCUGUCCUUUUGUUUUAGAUUUUGUAUGUGUUGGUACCUACUAAGAAAUGAAAAAUAUCUAAAUGGAAUGCUGUCUGCAGGGCAACAUUCGUGUUAGAAACAUUUUUUAAAAAAUUUUGUUUAAACAAAUACUCCAUUACUUAGUCAUUGGCUCAUCAGCAAUAUAUACAGUGUGUAUAUAUUUAUAUAUAUGUGUAAGUAAACUGAUGUAGAAGUUGGCCGUUAAUUCAACGCUUAUCCAGCAAUAAUUGAUAUCUUAAAGGCAAUCAAAACAGAUAAACAGGGGCCAUGAGUAGACAUGUUAUGAUUAAAGGUAGUGCAUCUCUAUAAUUUCUGCAGUACAGCCAUUCUGUUCAAAACUUGAUAAUAGUAGCAUUACAAGCCCCUGUGAUCUGGAUGAAAUUUUCCAACACUGUAAACUCCAUUCACAGGAUAUUGUUAUAUAGUUUGCCUUGGUUUCUGUUUCAAUUCUACCUCUUAUGUUUUUACCUAAUCUUAUAUCCGGCCUAUAUAAAGAUAGGUAGCGCAGUCAUAUGUAAAUAAACCACUAUCUCAUUCUCAUUGGAACACGGCUCCAAUAGACAUUGGACGCAAAACUGACCAAGCCAAUGAAUAAUAAUCAUACAGCAGUAAGACAUCUCCAAUGUACAUUGACUCUCAGAUGAUUUACUGAGUUUAACAGAAAUGUUUCAGGAUUGAAGUUCAUGUCACUGGACAAAUCAUUCUGACACUAUCUCUUGGUGUUGAUGCCCAACCACAAUACAAGGAAUUUGAUAGCUAUGGAUUGUCAGAAUAAUUUGGACUGGACAUUGAUAGAUUGUCAGAAUAAUUUGGACUGGACAGUGAUAGAUUGUCAGAAUAAUUUGGACUGGACAGUGAUAGAUUGUCAGAAUAAUUUGGACUGGACAGUGAUAGAUUGUCAGAAUAAUUUGGACUGGACAUUGAUAGAUUGUCAGAAUAAUUUGGACUGGACAGUGAUAGAUUGUCAGAAUAAUUUGGACUGGACAGUGAUAGAUUGUCAGAAUAAUUUGGACUGGACAGUGAUAGAUUGUCAGAAGAAUUUGGACUCAAUACAAUUUCAGUGCAGAUAUAUUACUCCAAUAAAUUUUACAGUGAAAUGUGCCCUUGAGAUACAGCAUAUUAGUCAGAUCUACCCUCCAAUCCAGUAUUCUGUGAGACAGAUAAGGCAGGGCAUCUGUAUACACAGGUUAUUUAAGGCAGUUGUUAGAAGGUCAUAUGUAAACCUGUUGUCACUCUGCUGCAAGAAAAUCCAUUUGAACUGCUGCCUGUUGCCCUGGUAACAUAUCAACUGUUAAACUCCAUAUUGCCAUGGUGAUGUAACUCUCAUAAAUAUUGUAGCUACAUACUACUACCCCAUAUAUUUAUAUUGAAGUUAUUACUUAAGCCAUGUACAAACCAAAAGUAGAAUACAUUAUGGUAAGCGGGUGUGUGUUUUUAUGGUCAAGGGUUGGCAUAGUUACAUUGAACCCAGUGUAUAUGUGACAAGGUGUAAAUGGUUAGUAAGAUAAGAAGUGACAGACGGACAUUUUGUUUUUAUUCUGUUGCUAUGGUGACAGCUUCCCUGUUGGUUUUAAUACUAUUAUAUGCAGUCAUUCAUGUGUAAACUGUUUUAACAUCAGUUCUAGGAGGGGGAAGGGGGAAAGGAACAAGAAACUAUUACAACUGUAAGGCCAUAGUGAAACCUGUUGAAUCUGACACCCAAGGUAAUGGACUUCUGUCUUCAUUAACUGUUUGGUUUAGACAAGAAAUCAGAAAACAUCGGUCAGGUUUAGUUAUAAACAGCCAUAUUAAGAUCAAACAGGAUGUCAGGGUCAGAAUAGACAGGAUGUCAGGGGUCAGAUUAGACAGGAUGUCAGGGGUCAGAUUAGACAGGAUGCUAGGGUCAGAUUAGACAGGAUGCUAGGGUCAGAUUAGACAGGAUGUCAGGGGUUAGAUUAGACAGGAUGUCAGGGGUCAGAUUACACAGGAUGUCAGGGGUAAGAUUAGACAGGAUGUCAGGGGUCAGAUUAGACUCUGGUGGUCUGAUUAGACAGGAUAUUUGGAAACUCAAGAUUCAGAUAAGAAAGGAUUUCUGAGUACUCAGUGGUCAGAUUAGACAGGUUGUCCGAACUUUGGUGUCAGAUUACAUGGGUUCUGUUCGUGGUUUUCUAACGUCACUGGCAUCCGAUCUGUACGACUCUCACCAAGUUUAUAGAUAGAAUGAUCUUGUCUAACCCCCACAUAAUUACUGCUAGAUUCUUCUCUGUGUGUAGUACUUGGUCCGAUGGUAGGUCAUUUUCUUGUGAGGAUGACUUGUUUGCCAACUUUUAACAAAUGUGUAUGUAACUUGAAACAUAUAGACUAGAUAUUUAACUCUCGUGAUCGAAUGUAUUGAACAAUAUACAUUGGUAAUGAUAACAAUAAACCUAUUACAAAAUGUU